GAGAGGACAGGUCGCAAAACAAUAGUAUAAAAAACGUUAUGCUCAAAUGCGGGACCAGCCCGCCAUUUAUGCUAUUCUUCAAUUCAUAUCUGUCUUCCUGUUGCUUCCGACUAAUCAAGCACUCCAGAGCUUAGCUCAGACCUGGUCAACCCACCCUCUCCUUCUUUCUCUACUAAAAUAACCGGUUGAUUCUUUGUUGGGAUAAGAUAAUUAGAAGUGGGUUGUUUAGUUCUUGAUGUUCUGGUUCAUGGGUUAGCGUUUAAUUCUUUUUAUUUCUAAACUAAAGUUGCUUUCUGGAUUGGUGGUGUCUUUCUUUCUCUGAUUUUUUUUUUUUUAAAAUUAGACUUUUUUUCUUUUUGGUUGCCAAAAUAAAAAACUUUUGUUGCAAAAAGGAGUGUUUUUUCUGGUUUUGUUUUCACACAUAGAUCUAUCUCUUUUGUUUUACUGUUUAAAUAUGGUUCCUUUUAAGCUUUUAAAGCUCAAGUCUUUGAUUUGAUUGAUCUGUAGAAGGAAGAGAAGUUUCAAAAGGGUAGCUAGCUUGGGUUCUUGAUUCAAUUUUGAUGGGGAUUUGCUUGAGUGCCCAAAUUAAAGCUGAGAGCUCAUGCAACACAGUUGCAGGGUUGAGUUCAAAGUAUGUUAGCACAGAUGGGAAUGAUCUGAGCAGUACGGGUAGCAAGGUCUUGUCUGUUUCAGUGCCUCCAACUCCUCGGAGUGAGGGUGAGAUCUUGCAGUCCACCAAUCUGAAGAGCUUCAGUUUUUCUAAUCUCAAAAUGGCCACCAGGAAUUUCCGUCCUGAUAGUGUCUUAGGAGAAGGUGGUUUUGGUUCAGUUUUUAAGGGAUGGAUUGAUGAGCAGUCAUUUUCUGCUGCCAAGCCUGGAACUGGAAUUGUUAUUGCUGUGAAAAGGCUUAACCAAGACGGUUUCCAAGGUCACAAGGAGUGGCUGGCAGAAGUAAAUUAUCUGGGGCAGUUCUAUCAUCCUCACCUUGUGAAGCUGAUUGGCUAUUGCUUAGAGGAUGAACACCGACUGUUGGUAUAUGAAUUUAUGCCUCGAGGCAGUUUGGAAAAUCAUUUAUUUAGAAGAGGUUCUUAUUUCCAACCGCUUUCUUGGAACCUCCGCAUGAAGGUUGCUCUUGGUGCUGCAAAGGGUCUUGCGUUUCUUCAUUGUGCUGAAACACAAGUAAUAUACAGGGACUUCAAGACUUCAAACAUUCUACUUGAUUCGAAAUACAAUGCAAAACUUUCUGAUUUUGGGUUGGCCAAGGAUGGACCAACUGGUGAUAAGAGUCAUGUAUCUACCAGGGUUAUAGGUACCUAUGGUUAUGCCGCUCCAGAAUAUCUAGCUACCGGUCAUCUAACUGCCAAAAGUGAUGUCUAUAGCUUCGGAGUUGUUUUGCUAGAAAUGUUAUCUGGCAGGAGAGCAAUUGACAAAAAUCGCCCAUCUGGAGAGCACAAUCUCGUUGAAUGGGCUAAACCCUAUCUAGCUAACAAACGCAAGAUCUUUCGCAUCCUAGAUAAUCGUCUUGAAGGCCAGUAUUCAAUGGAUGUUGCCUUUAAGGCCUCUACUCUUGCGCUGCGAUGCCUAUCCAUAGAAACCAAGUUUCGACCAACUAUGGAUGAGGUUGUGACAGCAAUGGAGCAGCUUCAGGAUUCUGAAGAAACUGGUAGUGCAAAUGGCCAUGCAAGCAAUGCUCCCGGAAUUCGUAGACGAAGUGCAGAUGAUACUAUUAGUGGAAGGAAUACUGCUGCAUAUCCUCGGCCCUCUACAUCCCCACUAUAUGCUUGAAAUAGAAUAAUGGAACUUGACUACAGCUGCAUCUUGUCGUACUUGAUACAAUGCUGGCAGUUUUGCAACUCACACGGGACUCUGGCAUCACUUCAAGUAUAUUUGUCCAGUGACUGUACAGUAUAUUGUUUUGGCUAAGGUAUUCAAAGUCCCGCUGACAAAUUUCCAGGUCGGCCUGUAACAGGAGUGCUCUCAAUGUUACUUGUCUUUUUGAUUGUAACGCUUGGAAACAGCUCCCGAGCUGAGAAUCAGAGAUGCAAGAGCUUUGGGACCGACCAUUUAAAGUUAGCUCCCUUGUCCUAAUCUCCCAGCCUGUCUUAUUGUAUUUUUUGUAUUUAAUGUUAUAUUCUUUUUUGCCUUUUCAAAUGGAUCUGUAACACCUUCAGAUGCAUUAGUCUGUUGCGUCUAGAAAGAGAAGCUGAGCUAUAUGCUUCAUGUUUGGGCUUCAUUUACGGUGUGAUUAUAUGCCUUCACAAAAGCUGUGAAUGCGCCUUUAUAUUUCUCGCGGCUUCUAUAAUUUGAAUAUAUGACAAAUUUCUCGGUGUGAUUUAAAA